CUUAUAGCUAGCAAAGUUGGCAUUCCCUUCAUUUUUUUUGUUUAUUGGGUAGAUUCUCUCCCACGCAGACGCAGAGCAUAGCCGGAGAGCGACACAGAAAUCGCCAUGAAAGCUCUGCUUAAUUCUGACUCAACUACCAUCUCCCCCAUCUCCACCAUCAAUCCUCGAAACUUCACUCAACCGAAGAUCCAAACCUCUCUUCACUUCUCUCCAAAAGAUAACCACCACCACCACCGUUUGAUUCGACGGAAAGCUCGGUUCACUGCGAAAUCUGUGAGUGAUUCGGCCACGAUUGAUCAACUAGGGAUUCCGGAAUCCGAUUUCCGAAAUCCGGCAGUUUCGACUUCGUAUAGGAGCUCCAAGUUUCGGAAACCCAAUCAGACCGUGUUGGAAGCUCAAGCCAAGGUCUGCACUGGCCCCACUCAGACUAGGCCUCUCACUGAAGAACAAGCUUUCAAGGUUUUGGACACCAUUUUGAGAUCAGCUAAGGGAGAACUUAACGAUGAAGAAGAAGUUUCAAAAGCACAGCUUGGGGCUUUUUUCGCUGCAAUGACUAUUCGUGCAAAUGCGUUUCCUGAAGCUACCCAAUGGAGCGAGGGGGAAAUGCGUGCAAUGAACACAUAUUGGCCACAUUUAGUUCGAACACUUCCCCCGGAUAUCAUCUUCAUAGCUGAUCCUGAAGGCUCUAUAAUGGGAUUUGGAAGUUCGAUAGGGCCCCAAUAUGUUGGCAAUGGUACUAAUGAAAUGAGACUGGUGGGUGCCCUUAGGGAAGUCUUGGCAGGGGGUCACCUAGGAUAUGAAGAGGUUCAAGGUGUUCUAAAAGAUGUUCUUCCACUUAAAUUGGAAAACAAGACAUCAGCAAGUGAGUCACUGCUUUCAGCAUUUUUAAUAGGUCAACGUAUGAAUAGAGAAACAGAUCGUGAAUUGAAAGCAUACUGCCUAGCAUUUGACGAUGAACUUGGUCCCCCACCAAUCGCUGAUGUCAGAUCAUUGACUCAUUACGGCGAGCCUUAUGAUGGGAACACUCGUUACUUCAGGAGCACACUUUUUGUUGCUGCAGUUAGGUCCUGUUAUGGCGAAUCCUGCUUGCUUCAUGGGGUGGAAUGGAUGCCGCCAAAGGGGGGCGUAAAUGAAGAACAAAUGCUGAAGUUCAUGGGAGCAAAUGUACAGUUGUCCCCAUUGCAGGCAAAAAAAAUUAUUGAGGAUGAGGAAGUCGGAUUUGCUUAUGUAAGUCAACGUGAAGCUCUCCCAUCUCUAUAUUCAUUAAUUGGGUUGAGGGAACAUAUAAAGAAACGUCCACCACUGGCAACAUCUGAGAAGGUUCAGCAAUUUGUGAGGGCACGAGGGAGAGAAUCAAUUGUUGCUGGGUUUUAUCAUGAAGGUUAUGAGGAACCACUUUUAAUGCUUAUGAGAAGAAGAGGUGUUCGUUCUGGUUUGGUGGUAAAGGGUGAGGAAGGCGCCCUUUCAAUGACAACAAGAUUGAGAUCAUUGAGCUCAUCAAAAGGCAUCCCUGUGAAUUACUGCUCAGGGUUCCGUUCGCUGAAUGUAGCGCCUGCUUAUGAAGCAGAUGGUGUGUCACGUGAGAAUUUCAAUCUCGAGGUAAAUGCCAAGGACUAUGGCUUUGAACCCACUGAUACUCCCAGAACUGAUAGAUCGGUUUCAAGGAAUAUAGAAUUGGGUUUAGCAGCUCUACGUGGUGAGAAAGGCCCAGCAUAUGAUCGAAUCGUCUUAAAUGCUGGAAUGGUAGAUCACUUACUUGGAUGUGAUGGUGCACAAGAUAUAUCCUCGGCCCUGGAUAGAGCCAGGGAGGCCAUUGACAGUGGCAAGGCCUUAACCCGGCUUCUAAAUUACAUAAAGAUCUCGCACAGAUUGAAGUUGUAAAGUAGGUUUUCAUAGGUGCUUGCCUCUUGUGUUUUUUUUUUUUAGAGGUGACUAGUGUAAUUUUCAGAGUUACAUAAAUCAGUAAAUGGGAGUGGGGAAUAGAAUACUUACAGUUUCUUGGGGGGUAAUUUAGACAAUUUGUUUCGGUAGUUACACUUGUUUUGGUCACUCUUGUAAGUGUUGCCCAUGGGAACAAUUUUGAUUUUAUGCUAGCAGGUGUCAUGUAUAUCUAUCUCCCA